CCUGCGCCGGAGCAGCCAGAGCGGGUUCUACUCUUAUAUUAUGUCUAAGGAAAAAAAGCAUCGACUUCCUGUUUGAAACGACUGGUUGUCCUGGUUUUGGUCUGAGAGUUCUGAAACCUGAUGAUUGUACACCGUUUCACCUGUGGAGCCAUAAACACUCACCUGUAUGCCCAGCUGAGAAAGACGUGGGGAAUCCAGGUCAUGGCAAGACCCAGUUCAGACCUGGCAGCGUUCAGGGAGAUUUUCUCCAAAUCCAACAACAUUGCCGUCAUCACAGGAGCAGGAGUGAGUGCUGAGAGUGGAGUUCCAACAUUCAGAGGAGCAGGAGGGUACUGGAGAAAAUGGCAAGCACAGGAAUUGGCCACUCCAACGGCCUUCGCCCACAAUCCCUCUCGAGUUUGGGAGUUCUACCACUACCGUCGAGAAGUUAUGCUUACCAAGAACCCCAACCCUGCCCACCAGGCCAUAGCGGAGUGUGAGGAACGUCUUGGCAAACAGGGCCGAAAAGUUACCGUCAUCACGCAGAACAUCGACGAACUGCACCGCCGUGCUGGAACAAAAAACCUGCUGGAAAUCCAUGGCAACUUGUUUAAAACACGCUGCAUGAUGUGUGGUCACGAGGAGGCCAAUUACAAGAGCCCCAUUUGUUCCGCUCUGGAGGGCAGAGGAGCCCCKGACCCUGAUGCUCACGACGCCCAGAUUCCUGUUGAGGAACUUCCUCGAUGUGAGUGCAGGGGCUGUAACGGCCUUCUGAGACCGGCUGUGGUUUGGUUUGGUGAGACCCUGGAUGCAGACAUUCUCUCUGAGGCAGAGAAAGUCUUGGACAGCUGUGACCUGUGUCUUAUAGUUGGCACCUCGUCAGUCGUGUAUCCAGCAGCCAUGUUCGCUCCUCAGGUGGCAGCCAGAGGUGUCCCUGUCGCUGAAUUCAACUUGGAGAACACUCCAGCUACUGAGCGCUUCAAGUUCCACUUCCACGGCCCUUGCGGGAACACYUUACCCCCUGCGCUGGCACGCCACGAGAGCGAGGCGCACUGAAAGCACAGCUGUGAUUUGUCAAAAUAGCGAGACUUGUGCCGGUGAUGUGAAGGACGUGGAGAAGAGGACAAAAGGGAGACUUGUUAACAGUAUGCACACUGUACAGUGAUCUUCACGAUUGAGCAGGGUUUUAAUACGGUGAUUUCAGUAUCUGUGCUGUGGGGCCUGACUUGUGAAAYGGAUAUUUUUUUAAUGAAUGGCAAUUAAAAAGAGAAGUUACUUCUACUGUUGUGACA